ACCGCCGCCCACGCCCCCCCCCCCACGCCGUUCGAACUCGCCCGCCGCGCGCGGCCAUUGGCUGGGCGGGGAGAAGGGGGCGGGCCCGCGGGAGGGGAAGCCACCAAUAGCGGCGCGGCCGCCGCCGCGCUGGUUUUUUCAAACGCGCCAGGCGCUGCUUGAGCGGGCGCUGGGACGCCCCUUCCCGGCAGCGAGGAUUGACACCCCGGCCGCCCAAUAGCAACGCGGAUUCACCGAGCGCGCUCCAAUCGCGAGGCGGGGAGGGCGGUGCGGCACGCUCGGGCGCCGGGCGGGAGAAGAUGGCGGUGCGGCGGCAGCUGCGGCGGCUGUUCCAGGAGCCGCACGUCAGCGGCGUCAUCACGGUGGAGCGGCCCCCGCCGGCCCCCGCCACCCCGCCAGCCCCCGUCACCCCGCCGGCCCCGCCACCGUCCCCGUCCCCAGCGGAGGCUCCGCUGCGGCAGCGGGGGCUGCGGCCGGAGGACUGCGCCGUGUUCCAGUGCCGCGGGUGCCGGGCGGUGCUGGCGGACUCGCUGCACCUGUGCGCGCAGGAGGAGCGGCGGCUCGGCCUCCUCGCCUGCCUCAGAGUCACCGAAGACGUGGCCUGGGAGGACGCGCUGCUGGUGGGCCUGGAGGGAGCCCUGCUGGGCUGUGCUUACAAUGCGUUACACUGUCGGUUGUGUGGCUCGAUGGUGGGCUUCAUUCUUUAUUCUGCAUUCAGUAACCUGGCUUAUCUCCGAGGCUUAUUCUGUUUCUUCAAGGAGAGCAUCCUCUGCUAUCUUUUAAAAAACAAAAUAACAAUAGAAGCAUCUAAGGUGAAUUUUCCUGCUUUGACCCUAAAGGAACAACUGGGGAAACUGAAAGAAAAGCUUGUGGUGGUCCACAUGCGUCUAGAAUUGCUGAUAAAGAAGAUGGAGGAACUGAAGCAAAAGGACACGGCAGAAAGUAUGGCUCUGCAUCAGAUGCAGUUGCCGUAAUGCCAGGAUAUGCAAUAGUCAAGACCAACAAUAAUAUGCCACUUGAAGAACUACCUGGGCCGUUUCUGCAUCUCUACUGAGUUUGUUCAUUAUGAGGAAAUAAUGCAGCAGAACAGGUUUGAGAGAGCUAUCUGUCGCUAUAUCUGUA